CCCGUGCCCCCGCGAGGGGCAGCCGCAGCGCCCCGAGCUCCGGGGCAGCCUCGCGGGGCCCCCUGAGCUCCCCGCCCCCGGGCCGGCGCGGCGGAGCUGGGUGCAGACGUGGCCAGCCUGGGCCGGGAGCAGCCAGUUAAGGGGACACCAUGACUGGGGAAGAUUUGCUCAAAGACACUACCAGCGUCAAGCCGGAACUGGUUUUACAGCACUGGUUUAAACAAUACAAACUCAGAGAUUUGUAUCCAAAGUUUUUCUUUAAAGUGAAACCAAGUAAAUUUGGGCCACCCAAAUCCAGACGUCGCAUUAUUAUCGCACCUCCAAUGGUAAGACCGGCUUCUGAUGGUUCAAAACCCAUUCAGACCACUGCCAUCGAUGAAAAGGAGGAAGCUGCUGCCUGGCAAGUGACCCCUGAGGUAGAAAGCUGUCCCCACACUCCGGAAGAACCUUCAGAAGCAAGAGAUGAUCUACUAAAGCUGGAAGCUUGGAUAACGGAAAGGAGAAAGCUCCGCUCUCAAUUGGAUAGCCUUGUGGAUGUUGAAAAAUGGCUACGUCAAAAACUUUGCACCACUGAGCAAGAAGAUAGAGUCCUGGAAAACUUACAAAACUGCAGAGCGGUGAGGAAGGCUGAAAGGAAGUUAGCUGCGACCAGAAAUCUUGAAAACCUGCUGCCAAAGCACGACCUGCCUCCUCAAAGAAGAGUCAUCCCCCUUAUCAACGCUCCCUAUCCCCAGUCCCUCAUCACACUGCAUAACCUUCUGCACAAACAAAAGCUCAAGAUGGUGGACUUAUUCAGGAAGGCGGAUAAGGACAAGAAGCAAUUCAUGAGAUCAGACUUCAUUAAAGUUAUUAAGGGGGCCAAAGUCCCUAUCAGUGACAAUGACCUGGAAGAUGUGAUCAUCUUCCUUACUUCUUCAAAACGUGGGAAUUUUAUAACCAGUGACGAUCUGGUUGAAUGUCAAAAUAUAUGGCUGGAUACAAUGAGAGAUCAGACUAAACAACCUGGGGAGGCAAAAAGAGCAUGUCCCCGAUUUCAUACCCGAAAAGCUGUUUCUAAAACUGUUAGUCGUCCAGCAUCUGCUGCUGGCAAAACCAAAGAGACACAGCCACUUGCUCCUAGUGAACCUGGAGCAAAGUUAACACUGUUAGAAGUUCCCCCUAUCAACACCGAACCGGAUCACAGACCUCUAAGCUAUGAAGAAAUGGAGGAGAUUGGGAAGAGAUGCAGAGAGAGGAAACGAUGGGAGAAGGCCAAGGUCAAUCCAAUACAAUGGCUGGAACGCUGUCGACUGGUGAGAUCUGGAAACAAGGCCAUUGAUGAACACUGCUUGCCAUCUACGAUGGAGAGUGAAAUGGGGGAAAUAACUGAUCAGCAUCGAAGGACCUGCUACAUGGUCUAUCUGCAGUGUCUCAAAUUAUGCAAAGAAUAUAACAUUCCACUUACCGAAAAGGUCCUGGAAAAAGCCCUGCUGUACCCAGGAGACAAAAUAAUCAAAGAAGGAGCAUAUGUGCGGAAGAUCAGACAGCCGGGGGGUCCCUAUACAACAAUGGAUGGGAGUCACCACCAAAGACGACUGCUUUUAAGCAGACAAGGAUUAAGAAAUGCAUUAAAAAGGGACGCCAAAAAUGGAAUGCAUGGUACAGGGAUUAAGGGGCAACUACAUGGAAAGCAGAAGGAAUACAGAGGCAGCUGGAUGUCAUUUGAGGAUUAUGAACAGUUAACAAGACGUCUGCACACGAAGUGGUCCAAUCUGGACUACAAGUCUCACGACAAUAACUUCUGGCCAGGUCACCUUCUGGACAAGCUGCGUAUUUACCUCCCACAGAUAGCGCCUAAUCAGGAGCAUGCCCUGUUCAGCUAUGUUCAGCCAACACCACCUGUCUAUCCUGGCGUCUACAACCCACACCGCAGCUGGCCAAUCAGUGACCAGGGAUACGUGACCUAUGGAAAUACUGAGACUCAAAAGUAUUGAUGUUGUCUGGGACAGUAAUGCUAUGCAUAAUGAAAGCUUUGUGAUCCCUCAGUCACCUCCGUGGACUUAGGCCACCAUCAUAAGCAAAAUAAAGCUAUCAAAGUACGCAUUCCCAAAGUUAUGGGGGACUUGACAGAGCAGUUGACUUCUAGAUUGGCAAGUUUCUGUUCCUUGUGACUCAUAACACAAGACCUGGGGACAUUCAAUGAAACUGAAAGGUGGCAAAUUCAAAACUGAUAAUAUUAGACUGUGGAACUUGUCACCAUAAGACAUUGUUGAGGCUGAGAAUUUAGAAAGAUUCAAAAAGGGAGCAUUCAUAAAGAUAACAAGAAUACAGACUUGUAAUAGUUAAUGCUAAUAAAAAUUCUGGGAGAGAUAUUAACCUCAUAUUUCAGGACAAAAAACAAACUAACUAUUAAGGAUCAGGAUAAAACCUAAUUUGGGGGUCAGGUUAUUCCACAUCCACCUAUUGUAGAGUUUCUUGCACUUUCCAUUGAAGCAUCUGGUGGUAGCAACUGUCCAAGACAGGAUUUAAAAGUUUAUUAGAAAAUGUUUAAGAAUAGAUGAUACAGAGAGUUUGAAACGUCAGUUAUUGGUCAUCGGGGGUGACAUACAGAGUAUAGGGGGAUGCUAGUAUUUUGGUAUUGGACAGCACAUAACAUAUACAGUCUGCAAUGUCCCCAAUGUGGGGUAUACGGUGGGUGAGUUCAAGAUACAGUCAGCAAGCAGUGAGGGUACAUCACUCAUACAACAGUUAAAGACAGUCAUGGGUAUAAAUAAGCGGGCCGGGUAAUGGGGAUAGGAUGACCCUCACAUGGCAGAGUUCAGUUCAGUUGGUUCAGGGCUCAGGGGAUAAAGUCCAACAGGGGAGGUUUACAGGUCUGUUCUCCCUUGUGGGUGUAUGAAGUCACGCCGGCUCACUCUUGGUAUUGACGGUGGCCUACUACACUCAGAUCUGACUGAAGCUGGCAAUUCCUCUGUUCCUGUGAUUCAAAUCCAGCUCUUUGGUGACCUGUGUAAAAUGCACUUGGCAAGUCUCAGUCUAGUUUCUACCAGCAGAUAGAGCCAAGUCACAAAAACCGCCAUCACAACUAGCCACACUUACUGGCAGCCUUGGGAUGGAAGAGUGAGUGGGCCAUGGUGGUGACUAAACUAACUUAUCACACUCGUAGAAAUCAGGGUCAAGGCACAUGGGUGUGGGAGGGCAGGGAAAACUUGCUCUCCUGCUGCCCACGCUGUACCUGUUCAGAAGGAUUUUGAUUUCCAUGAUAAAAAUGUCUUGAUGGACCAACACUUGAAACCUGCCAAUUCUUACACAGCCUGGGGAUACUAGACUAUGAGAGAAGGAGCACUGGUUGUUGGGACACUGGUCUUAUCCCGGCCCCUUUGAGCAGCACGAUGGGAUCUUUGACUGCCACCUGCUCAGCCAGAGAUGGGGGUAGUGACCCCAAUUUAACAGGCCAAGGAAAGAUUUAAAUAUAGAUAUAAAUAAAUAAAUGUACCUUUAUCCUCCCCUGCCAAAAAAAAAAAAAAAAGGCAAAUCUCAUAGAGAAGGGAAUUUUAUCUUAAAACAUUUUUCAACAGCAGGUUCUGACACAGAGGUUUCAUACUAUACGGAAUGCAGGUUUUAGCUAUUCAUUUUGAAUUGUAUUCUCUUUCUUCAAAACACAGUACAUGUAGCAGUCAAAUGGAAUUUAUGGAGAUCUCUCAGUAACAUGGAACUGUCUGGUUAAAUUGUAUACAGCAUAGCUAAAUAACCAUAAUCCAGGCAUAAAGAUCUUUCCUUGAAAAUAUUUAUGAACAGGCUAGUUAAUAAAUAGAAAAACUGAAUGUUAUGCACCUCACAGUAUUGUGAAUAGCU